AUGCAAGUAGCUACGAAUCUGAACGUAUUUUUCACUAAUUAAGUGGCUCCAAUCUAAUAUCGUACGCUAACGAUUGAAAAAUUUAGGAAUUUUUUUUAGACCUGUUUCCAACAAAAACAGUUAAGUACAGUAAAAGACGAUCAAAAAGAUGGGUAAGAACAACAGGAAGAACAAGACGACUGCAGGUUCUUCUGCCGUGCCACCACCCCAACCUGCUCCGCAGCGACCCAAUGAUGACGACAUCGACCCAGAACUCCUCGAAUUGAUGCGAACUCUCAAACUAUCGCAAGAAGAAGCUGAACUGUAUCGAGAAGAAAAGGCGAAGCAAAAACGCAGAGAGGAGAGGGCCGCGGAAGCACCAAAAAAGCAGGCUCGAAAGGAGAAGAAGAUACGCGCGAAAAGAGCAGAGGCCUGGGAGAAGGCAAAAGUGCUUGACAAUAGUCUGUACGGAGCAAGCAAACAUUGGGGAUCGAAAAAAAGCGGAUCUGGAACUAAACAGAGUUAUGCACUUUUGUUUAGUCAAAAACAAUAACAAUAUGAAUAUGACAAUGUGCUUUAUAAUUUUUUUCGUAGGUAUAUUUGGGUUUGAGGUAGAAGACUCACCGCAUUUUAGAAGUUUAUACUCUCUUACACUGCAGAUAUGAAGAUACACUGCGAUUUUUUAAUUUCUGCACCCUGUCCCCUAGCUCUCCCGCUUGCUUUUCUAAUUCUCUACCCACGCAUCGGUGCCAUCGUCCUACACAGAGGCUUCCAGUUGUACCUUCACACAAGAAGACGUCGAGGAGUUGGACUAUGGGCAUCUCCUCGAGUGUGUGCCAGUAGGAACCGACGAAACGGAACUGGCACGCACUGCAGUAGGAGGCAGAAAAUGCAGACCAGACGCCGUCCGUUUUGGGUUGCAAGUGUGGCAGGAAAUGCAGCAGAUCGUGUCCUACACUCAUGGCGGAAGAAGCGACGAGCCCCAAGGAUGUGCGAACAAGUUGUUCACUUACGGGUGGUGGUUGAUAUUCAAACUCAAUGCUAGUUACUGGCCUUUGCGAUAGCUAAAGUAGAAGCGCAAGUGGUUCAGGUUCUUGCAUUUACGUUUGAUCGCUGUACCUCUCGGCGCCUUCACUGAAAGGCGACCUCUCCCUUUUUGUCUUGAUCUCGGCCUUUAAACAACUACCGGCUUGUAGCUCAUACAUAUCUGGCUUGUAGCUCAUACUUAUCCGGCUUGUACUUGUAGCUCAUACAUAAGUAUAUAGAAUAGUCGGGGCAUCAGCGACUUCUUUCCCCUGUGCGGCCUUUUGCUAGCUGUCUCUUCCCUUUUUCAUUGUUCUUGGGAAGACGUCACGAGCCGAGUCAGCUUCAAGUGUCUCUUGUGUAAGAACGCGAAAGGAAAAGCGACAGACUUCGCGUGGGAGCAUCUCUAUGGGGAGGACUCUUUGGCCGCCAAACACUGGGAAAGAUGGGAGGCCAGAGAGCGGAAGAUCAAGACCACGAGGCAGCUCUUAGAGCUGUUGAUUUUUGCUGGUGAUGGAGCAGGUGGAGCGGAGAGGAAUGGAGGCGGUAAUGGAGGGCAGCCGAGUUAUGUCCAUUUUCUUUAAAUUUUCUGAAGUUGAUAGAUGCGCGCGCUACCUUCUUCAACUUGGUCAUCGCCGUCACUUAGUAGUGGUUGCUUUCUGCUUAUUUUUCCCGGAAUAUUUCGCACGCUUUUUUAAGAGGAGUGCUCGCAAAGGCUUAAACUUCUAUUUCUAAGCUGAGGCCGACGCCGAGGCCCUUCAAAAUCGCGGUGGAAACUCAUCAGACGCAUUUAAACCAGUCAACCCCGCCAACCCCGUUGCUGACUGCGAGUAUUUGGCUCUUGCACUGGUCGAAGACUGGGAGCACAAAGUGAACUGCGUGGUCUUGCGUUGUCUCCUUUGCGGAGAGCAUCAGGACAAGGUAGCACUUAUUUUCUCCAAGAAAGUUAUCCUUGUUCCACUGCUGUGACGUUUGCAGAUAGAGUAGCGCAUGCCGUAAAUGUAAAGGCUAAAUACGGACUCAGCCAUGAUAAUUCUUGGUCUUCUGCUGCCAGUUUGUGAAGCAGGUUUCGUCCUCUACACUCCUUCACAACCACCAAACCCCACAGCCCCUCGAGACCGAUGCCGACGUGAUGGCUUUAUGUGGCCAUGGAAGCCGUCCAAAGUGGUACUGCGAGGGCAACAAAGCGCACGAGAAAAAGGCGUGGGCUUUUCACGGUGGCGCGAACUGCAAGGAUUAUGCUCCGGCCCGAGACAGUGUUCGCGAGGCGAAGCAGAAGCUGAUCGACGCAAAUCCAGACUUUUAUGGCCAAUGCGCAGCAGAUGACGACAGAGAGGAUACCCUUAGCGAGGGGGGCGAGUCAGAGUCUGACUCUGGAGAGACUGAGCGCGACGAUGCAGAUGGCCUGUUCACUGUAGUGGACGAGAGGAGCAGCAGUAGCAGUAGUCAAGCACCUGCUGCUAGACAAAGAACCAGCAAUACUCGAGUAAACUUGCAAUCCAGUAGCGCGUGGCCCAAUGCUUAAGGAUGGGCGUAUGUAAGUAAGGAUUUGCAUUUUCUCACUACGUUAUAUAUAGUCUUAAUCUAUUGUGAAGGCAGUUCGCCGUCGCGGUAUCUAAACAAAACAGGGAUCAAAGCAGCCGCCUCUGGCGUGACAUCGUACUUGUUCAGCAUAGUGCCAAACUUUCUAGCCCUAACACUUCGCCGGUGCGAGAAGCGGCAGGAUUCAAGGAAGUUCCAACACGACAGAUUCGUCCGAGGGCUCCCACGUGUCCGAUCCAGGCCUCUACAAUUCCUAGGAGAUGAGGCGCAGGUAGACUCUUGGCACUUGGUUGCUAGUCUUUCCAACCGCAUAACUUUGACGAAUUUUUUAAGCAUAGCGUAAGCACUGCCACUGUCGACCGUUGAUGGAUUCCAGACCCUUCCGGGAUGCAUCCUUGAUAAUUUCAGCGACACAAGAGCUUGCACCUGAACAGCUCGGAUCCCGAUGUCACCCACCUCUUCCCCGCUUCAAGUUCGAUUUUUGAUUUUCUAUAAUGCAAUUGCAAAUCUGACAUUCCAC